UGCUACGCGCAUGCGCUGUACAUUGUGUUUGGCGCGCGGGAGUGCACAAGGAAGAAGUAUAUAGAACAGCGUGCGGCUAUCGUCCCUGCUCCACAGUGUUAUUGACAUUUCAGAUUUGAUUUUAUCAAUAUAAUAACAAGGUGCCAACAUGUGGAAUCAGGGAGGGUACAGUGAGUCGAGUAUGGUCGGAGGGUACACUCAGUCUCCAGGAGGCUUUGCAUCACCUUCCCUAUCCCAGGGAGGAGAGAAGAAAGGGAGAACCCGUGCCACACAGAUAAUUCCCUGCACAGUGUCUCAGCUGAUGUCUGCUUCCCAGGCUGAUGAGGCCUUCAAAGUAGGAGAUGUGGAAGUUGCCCAGGUUACAAUUGUGGGCGUCAUCAGGAGCACAGACAAAUCCAUGACCAACAUCCAGUACAAGGUUGAUGAUAUGACAGGUGCUCCCAUGGAUGUGAAGCAGUGGGUAGACACAGAGGACCCCAGUAUGGACAGCACUGUCCUGCCUCCUGGCACGUAUGUCAAAGUCUCUGGCAAUCUGCGUUCCUUCCAGAACCACAGAUCUGUUGUGGCAUUCAGUGUCAGGCCCCUGGACGACAUGAAUGAAAUCACCUCACACAUGCUGGAGGUUGUCCAAGCACACAUGGUGCUCAGCAAACCUCAGUCCGGUGCCGGAGGAGGAAUGAGCAGCCAUGUCACACCCAUGUCACGGCCGGGCAUUGAUAGCAUGGGAGGGAUGGGAGGGGGCUAUGCAGGUGCUAACGACAUGACUAACAAUGGGUUGAGCGCAAACCAGAAUCAGGUGCUGAGUUUGAUAAGAAGCUGCCCAGACCAGCAGGGCAUCAGCAUUCAGGACCUAAAGCAGAGACUCAGCGGUAUAAGUCUGGCUGUGAUCAAGCAAGCAGUGGAAUUCCUAAGCAAUGAAGGUCACAUCUUUUCCACCAUCGACGAAGACCAUUACAAAUCAACAGACAAUGAUGAUUAGAAACCUUAACCUUCUUAACACCAGUGGGGUUGCUUAUUUGAAUUGAACCUGAUAAAAGUCAUUAGUAUAGGUUUUAUAACUGAAAGCUAUCAACUAAAACACAACUUCUCUGACCUCAUUAAUGUGGCAAAACAGUGAAAUCCUGAGUUCUUCUCUGUUAAUGUACUGUGGUUGAUGUUAGUUGAAGAACACAUGUUAAAGGUUUGGCGGGAUCUUUGGUUUACACAUCCUGUAUUCCUGAGGUUGCUUCUGCUAUUUUGCAAGUCCCAAAGGUGUUGCUGUUGAAGAAGCAGUUAAUGCUAUUAUUCUGUACUUCCCUCCUCUCCAUUGUAAAGCAUUUUGUAAUUUUAAAGACUUGGAACAAAAGCACUCAAUUUAUUUUUGUGUAUAUAACUUACUUUUGCCAAAAUUAAAUGAUUAUACAAAAUACA